GGCCCUACGAUGGGCGGCUGGCGGGAUAUGUCCGCGGAGGAGCUGGAGGACCAUUACUCUCCCAGUCGCUGGUCCCCCCGCCUGGACCGGGACACCAUCAUCGACGCCCACCUCGCGGUGACGGCAGCAGGAACCGAGCGGGCCCGGGCCAGCGGGCAGACCUUGCUGCACGUGCCCUACGGCGACGGGGACGGCGAGAAGCUGGACAUCUACUUUCCCACGGACCCUUCUGAAACCUUCCCGGCGCUGGUCUACAUCCACGGCGGAUACUGGCAGUGCUUGAGUAAGGACGACUCGGGGUUUGCAGCCCCCCCGCUGGUGUCGCAGGGGGUGGCAGUGGUGGCGGUGGGGUACGACAUAGCCCCUAAAGGCCACAUGGACACCAUGGUGCUGCAGGUGCGCCGCAGCCUCGUCUUCCUGGUGGAGCACUACCCUAGGAUCAGAGGCAUUUACCUGUGCGGACACUCGGCAGGGGCCCACCUGGCAGCCAUGGUGCUGUCCACAGACUGGACGGAAUUCCAAGUGGUGCCAGAUAUCAAAGGAGCGGUGCUGGUGAGUGGCCUGUAUGACCUGGAGCCCAUCCUGCACACCUACGUGAACGAUGCCCUGAACAUGAGCCGGGAGGUGGCCCAGAGGAACAGCCCCAUGAGACACGUCACCCCAGCAGUGCCAGCAGCCUGUGAGGUGCUCGUGGCUGUGGCCCAGCAUGACUCCCCAGAGUUUCGCAGGCAGUCCCAGGAGUACAGCCAGGUGGAGCCUGGGGUCCAUCCUGCACACCGCUCUCUCGGCAGGCCCUGCGUGCAGCAGGCUGGUCUGUCUCUGUGCUGGACCUGGCUGGUGUGGAUCACUUUGAUGUCAUUGAGAGGCUGUCAGAGGACAGCUACGUCCUCACUCAGGUGAUUCUGAACAUGAUUUCAAGAGCAUGAGGACACCUCAGGAGUAAAGAGAUGGGGACUGUGGCCCUGUGUGGUGGCAAUGGGCAUCUGGCAUCCCCUGCCUGCUGCCUCCUCGGUCUAACACAGGGCCACCGCUGUCUCAGACCCACACUGUGCCCUCUCUGCUCAGCCCAGCCCAGGCUGCUGCCCCUUCCCUGCAGUGCUCCUGCCUGCUGGAGCAGAGGGGACUGAGGGCUGCAAGGCUCUGACUGGGCAGCUGGAUCAUGAAGUUUGUUCCCUCAGUGUCCUUUAACUGCACAUUAGCAAUACAAAAUAAAAUGGGAAUUACUGCUGCCUGGGGUGGUGCUCCCAGGGAGCCAGUGAGAGCACACCCAAAGCAA